AGCUACAUAAUAAUUAUUGACUCGUUAAUGACCCGGAAGUACUCGAAGCAAAACGACAAGGCAGGAGGAGAGAACGAAAAAUAUCAAUGGGAGUAACUUGUGUGUGUCCGGUUCCUGUGGCGGAGGGAAAGAGUGUGCAGCAGACAGUGGACAUCCUGCAUAAGAAACUGGAGCAGCUGGGUGCUGUGAAGCAGGGCAGCUUCUGUGUGGACUGUGAGACUUACCAGUCUACAGGAAAUCCAGGCGGUCAGCCCUCCAAACUCUUAUAUGUGAUGCACAACUCUGAAGUUCCCCUGAGCUGCAUGGCUCUGUUUGAGGGAGGACCCUGCCUGACAGCAGACGCAAAUUUUGACGUCCUUAUGGUGAAGCUGAAAAGUCAUUUCCAGAACGCCAAGGGACACAAAGUGGAGUGCCGUGGCUCGAGAUAUCGCUACUGUGACUUCUUGAUCAAAGUCGGCACUGUCACAAUGAGCUCCAGCGCCAGGGGGAUAUCUGUGGAGGUAGAAUAUUGUCCCUGUGUGGUCCCAGGGGACUGCUGGAACCUCAUGAGGGAGUUCAUGCAAUCCUUUCUUGGCAACAAUGUUCCAGAACUUCCAACCGUGUUUGCUGCCAAACCUGAGGGUCUCUUCGCUCCAGCGGACUGUGUUGACACCAUGACUCAGUACCUGGAGCUGUUCAACAAACUUCGUAAAUUACAGAUCCCUGCAAGCAACGUGCGUUGAGUCUGCAACAUAGUGUUUUUUUUUUAUUACUGUGUUCACAUGUUUGUUCUGGUCCCAUGGAUCAGUCUGACAGCUUAAGAGUUGUUGCAAGCCUGCUGUUCAUUUAGCUGUAGCUUCAACUUUGCAUUAAUCUCCCUAACUUGUUGAAAGCCUUUUGUAAUAAAAUAAAAUAAAAAAAACACUUAAUAUUAAAAAGUAUCUAGAGUCUA